UGGGACCAGGACAAAACUUAUCUUUUGUCCUCUAUUUUACAGGAAGUGAUGCAGUAUUGAAGAAGUUAACUAUGGCUCCACAUCCUGUCACUCAGGCCAUCAUUGAUCUGUCAGCUGGAGCAAGUGGUAACAGACUUGUAUUAUUCAUUUCCUGUGUCUACAUUAAUAACUGAAAGUGAAAGUGACGUGACAAACAGCCAAGUGGGAUUGCAUGUGUGCUAAGUGGGCAGCCCUUUGAUACAGCCAAGGUGAAGAUGCAGACUUUCCCCAGCUUGUAUAGAAGCUUUGUCCACUGCUUCGUCUCAGUCUAUAAACAGGUUGGACUGCGAGGGCUCUAUCAGGGCACCACACCUGCCCUCAUUGCCAACAUUGCUGAAAAUGCUGUGCUCUUCAUGAGCUAUGGCUUCUGCCAGAAUGUUGUCCGCUUUGUUUUAGGACUGGACCAAUGCACAGAACUCAGUGAUGUUCAGAAGGCCUGCUCAGGCUCUGUUGCGUCUAUCUUCUCCUCUCUGGCUUCAUGCCCCACUGAACUAGUUAAAUGUCGGCUGCAGGCCAUGCAUGAAAUGGAGGCAUCCGGCAAGAUCGCCAGUGGACAGAAAAGCACGGUGUGGUCUGUUGUGAAAAAUGUGUUACGGACAAACGGACCUCUGGGUUUCUAUCAGGGUCUCCCCACCACUAUAGUCCGUGAGAUACCUGGAUACUUCUGUUUCUUUGGAGGAUAUGAACUCAGCCGCUCAAUGUUUGCCCAACACAUGGGAAGAGACAAAGAGCACAUAGGUGUUGUGCCCUUGAUGUUCAGUGGUGGUUUUGGCGGUGCCUGUCUGUGGUUAGUUGUGUACCCCAUAGACUGUGUGAAGUCUCGCAUCCAGGUUCUGUCUUUAGCAGGGAAACAGGAAGGCUUCCUCAAGACUCUUAUGGGGAUUUUACGAAAUGAGGGAGUGACUCCACUGUAUUCCGGUUUAACCUCUACUAUGAUCCGAACAUUUCCUGCCAAUGGAGCUCUCUUUUUAGCCUAUGAAGUCAGUCGCAAGAUAAUGAUGCAACAGUUUGCCCUCUAGUGCAUUUGGUUGCUUUUGGAACAUUCUUAGUGAUGUCUUGGUAUACACAUCUGAACAACUUUAAAGGCUAAAAAGUCCUGUGUUUGACAAAUGUGUGAACAAACAAUAUUGUAUUUUACUGUAUUUUAAUGUUUUUGAUGUUUUAUAAAAUGAACUCCUUAUGCUGCAACCUCUUGGACUUUAACUACACAAAUACAACCACUUUACAAACAUGAUUAAACAUUUAGUAAAUAUGAAAGAUUAAAAAUGGUUUAUUUAGAAAUUAAAUAUUAAUUUAAGCAUUUUAUCAAAUAUUUGGAAUUAUUUACAAAUACUUUGAUAUUAAAUUAAUAUUUAUGUUGUAUUAAAGAACUACAAAUACUACCAUGUUUUAGGAUAAUUAU